AUGACAGAGAACAAUCAGGAGGCGCGCACCCAAUCAAAUGGCCUAUCACUUGUUUGGAUUAUGAAAAAAUAUACAAAAAAGGUGAUUAAGCUACCGCGGAGUACUUAUAAAAAGGUUAAAAAGGGCGUAAAGUAUAUAGCUAAAAAAACAUUCUCAGUGUUUAAGAGAUCAAAAAAAGAUAGGCAGAAUAGGGGCUCUUUAUCGAAGCCAGUAGGCUCAGAAGGAAACAAAUCAAGCGUGGUGGCUCCAGCUGCUACUAAUGGACCUGAAAAAACUCGUAUAUACUCGACGAAGUUUGAAGGCUCAAGGCGUGCACACCUCAUGUGCGAGGAACAAAGUAAGCAGAUAAUUGGCGAUAUAAUGAAUGAUACUUGCAAAUACAUCCAUAAGAUCGAAAGAAUCGUCAAGAAUAACACACGAAACUCAAUUGAUGCUCACAUCCCCUUGGCAAUACUAAAGUACAUGCGCGCCAAUGAACUUAAGAUCUCAAUAGAGCUGGAAGCUGCAGAGAUAAAGUACAUUGAAAACGCUCUCAAAGAGAAACAAUUCUCCAAUGAAAGCGUACCUAGAAGAAUGCCCACAAACAUACGAACAAAAAACUGCAUAUUAGAAGAGCUACAGCCUACCCUCUAUCUAAAAUACCUCUUUGCUCACAGCCCAGUUCUUCGAAAAAGCUAUACCUCUCUAUACAACACCGUAUCCGCCUCAUUGACAGUGCGGUCGCCUGGCGCAACCCAUGCAGUGGACGAUGUUGUCUUGUAUAUAGAAGUGACUAGACAGGUUAAGAUACAUAUAGUAGAAAAAAUAUCUAGACUCAAAAGAACAAGCUGCAACUUUGUGCUCUAUUCGUGCAAAACAGCGCCUUCAAAUUUGGAGUAA